AUGGCCAACUUUUCGCCUAGUCACAACGAUAAUAGCAUAAGCAGUAAUAGUGAUAACCAUCAACAUAUAACUCUUGCUCGAAAUAAUAAAGAAUUGGCCAAAAGAAACUCGUUGAUGAUGGCAAGGAUAACAAAUCUUGAAAACAAAAUAUCCGAAUUGAUUGCUGAGAAUAUGGAAUUGAGAAAAAAUAUGAUUGAAAAGGAAUCUGAAAAGAAAAAUUGGCUUGACGAUAAAUUGUCUACAAUCGAAGAAGGUGUAAAUGAAAAAUUCAUUGAAAUCUUUAAAAUAUUCCAAAAUAUAAGGUCUAUAGAAGGCUUGCCAUCUUUGAAUUUGUCGGCUUUCAAUAACCUAAAUGCUUUAAAUCUAAUAAAUGCUUUUAGUCCAUCCAAUAUUAGCGUCACCGAAAGAAAGAGAAAAUCUUCAAGAAGAAAAUCCAUAUAUAUACCAAGGAAUACAGACAAUGAUUCAGAUUUUGAUCACACUAUUGAAAAGAUAAACGAUACCACCUUUAAAUCUCAAAUUGACAAAAAAAUUGAGAAAGAAGACAUUGAAGAUCAGAAAAUUAAUUCAUCUCAAUCUCAAUCUCAAAAUGAAAAUGAAAAUAAAAAUAAUAAUCAUUCUCAAAUUUUACUCACAGAUAAUGACAACCAGGAUAAAAAUGAACGUUCACUUAAAACUCAAUCCUCUAUUUUAUCUGUAUCAUUUAAAGAAGAUACAAUUACUAAUAGUGAAAUUAAUCAAGACACUAAAUCAAAUAAUGAUGUGAUUACAGUUGAUAAUACGUCUCAUUUCAACUAUACAACAAACAUCAACAACUCAACGUUAACUAAUAUAAUAACAAUAAGCGAUGAUGAGGAUGAAUUUUCAAAUGAUAAUGAUAAGACAAAUAUCAAUCAUAAUAUAAUAAAUACCAAUGAUAGUUAUCAUAAUAACGAAAAUUUGAAAAAAAGUACCGAAAUCAAAAACUUAGAAAUAAAUUCGAUUAUUGAUAAUGAUAGUGAUAAUGAUAGUGAUGAUGAUAGUGAUGAUGAUAUCAAUAUUAAUAACAAUAUUAAUAACAAUAUAUUAAAAACUAGAAAUAUAGUCGAUUCACCAGUGAAAAAUCAGUAUUUUGAUAACUUGCUUCUGAGUAAAUAUAAAAGCUCUGGGUUCCCUAAAUUUUCUGUUUACGAAGAGAAAUCAAGCCCGGAUUCAUCUACCUCUACUUUGGAAAUUGUAGAAAAUACUACAAUUGGUAUAAGUAAUGAUAUUAAAUACUGUAAGCCUGAUAAUAAAGAAAAUAGAAUGUUGUUCGGUUUAGAUAUAGAAGCAAAUUCUACUUCAAUUUCCGUUUCUAAAGAAAUAGAAGAGAAAAAAAGUCAAAAAAGUCAAAAUUCAAAAAUCAAUAAUUCUUUUAUUGACAAAAAAGGUAUAAAACAAUUGUCGAUUAAUAAACAAGAAAAAAAACCUGAAACUGAUUUUAAUAAAAAUCCAGAAAUUAAUAAUAAUCAAAAAUCAAAAUCAAAAUUAAAUGCGGAUUCAAAAUCAAAAUCAAAAUCAAAAAUCAAAAUAAAAUUUUCAAAUCAAGACAAUGAUAUCCUUAUUAAAGAUCAGAAAAAAAGCAUGAGAGCAAAACAAAAUCCUCCUUUAAUAAGUUUGAAUAAUAAUUCUCAAAGCAAACGAAAUAAACAGUUCCAAGAAACCACUGAUUUUUCUAGUCGGAGGAGAACUAGAGGAAAAUCUAUAAACUAUACAUUGCCUUCAUUAAGAGCAAAAAUGAGAAGACCCGAUCCUCUCGAGAAAGACAAUGGAAAAAUUCAAGUGAAAAGAGAGAAAACCUCUAGAAAAAACUCAGAAGUAAUAACACUAGUAGAGGAUAGUGGUUUUCAAGAGGGAAUAAUAUCGACUAGUUUACCCAAAAAAAGAAAAGCAUUAACUGAUCUUUCAAAAAAUAAAAAUGUUUCAAGGACAGAAAUCAAAAAAUCGAGCUCGAUGGAUAUAUUUGAUUAUACGGAUGAUGCUGAAAGAUUAGCAUUCCCAAGUAAAAAAAUCAGGACAGUGUCAACAACUGGGCCAGAAAUAAAAAGUAAAAAAAAAACAAGACGAAGCACUUUAAUAAUAUAA